CACUUUCUGAGCUCUAAGAAAUGUUGACCAAUCGACUCCAAAGGUCACAAACGGGUCGAUGAUCUGAUGUGUAUAAAACCUGGCGCUGCGCACGACGUCUUCACCACCGCCUUGAAAGCCUCCAGGAGCGAACACCACUGCCAUACCGUAGUUCACCAUGGCUAGGACGAAACAAACUGCCCGCAAAUCGACUGGCGGAAAGGCCCCGAGGAAGCAGCUUGCCACGAAAGCUGCCAGGAAGAGUGCACCCGCAACCGGUGGUGUCAAGAAACCGCACAGAUACAGGCCAGGUACAGUCGCCCUUCGCGAGAUCCGUCGCUACCAGAAGAGUACGGAGAUGUUGAUCCGCAAGCUGCCCUUCCAGCGCCUUGUCAGAGAAAUCGCCCAGGAUUUCAAAACGGAUCUCCGGUUCCAGAGCUCUGCCGUGAUGGCCCUUCAGGAAGCCAGUGAAGCCUAUCUUGUCGGCCUGUUCGAGGAUACGAAUCUCUGUGCUAUCCAUGCAAAGCGGGUGACAAUCAUGCCCAAGGACAUCCAGCUUGCAAGGAGAAUCCGCGGAGAGCGGGCGUAGAACAGAGUCUCUCUUGAAAGCCCUGGAGUCACGAGAUUGGAAUGACCUUUGUCUGUCGUCGAUACUGGGCUGUAAUCAACACAUGUGCAUGAAACCUCAAUUGUAAAUAAAAACUGUAUAGACAUGCGUGUGUAAUGGAAUGUAGCCAUGAAAUAUGAAUGAACAAUGCAAAAGCAAUGCAAAAUUCAAUGCAAACCUAGCUUUAUAUAAAAUAUUCCGAUUAUAAGGAGAAGGUCCCAUUUUUGUGGGCUAUGGGAUGUGGACCUUCUGUUGGGUUGGUCACGCGAAGAAAAUAGACGGAUUUUUCCUAGCUGAACUGAAUAUUUAUACUUUCUUGGAGAGCUGUUUUGUGUUGGCAAGUUAGCCUUUUGACGCUAUAAUAGGACCCAUGCGUCCUGUACUCGAAAUGAAAUCUUUAUUCCUCCUCUAUAGGAACAGCAAUUGGAUAUCCAUCGGUUAAUCUACUUUUCGAUGCCCAAUGUGGAGACACGUGCCGGGUAGGCGCAUUUUAUCCAGUCUGCCACGCUGGUCUUGAAAGAGUACAUUUUACAUCUGAUGGCAGCUAUACCAGCACUCCGACCUUGUCAACAUGUUAUUAUGCAUUGAAUAUGUCCAUCCCAAUUAUCUACUGAGAAGUUCCGGAGCUUAACCUGCCAGAGAAAAUUAAAGUCGCCCUUCACGAUUAUUCAAAAAAAGAUCUUCAUUGCACAAUUUGGCCGUAUAUUCUACAGAAUUAGUGUUUAUCGUAAAGACUUUCUGAUUGGAUUCAGCUUAGUUAAUCUCAUUUUCAAAGACCCACGUGGAGAUCACUGCCAGGUUACUUGAACCAAUUUCUCUGCCACGACGGUCUUGAAAGUAACAUUGCCUAACCCCUUCCCAUCAUUUGAAAAACAUGAAUAUGCAUUAAUCAACAAUUUGAUAACGUUUUAUUGUGGAUGGAUUUUCAUAAACUGCCGAACGCUUUUUGUGCCAAAUUUAAACUUGUGAUGUAAAAAGUAACAAAAUGAUGCAAACAAGUGACGAAUCACGACAAGUACCUUGGUAAUCUAAAUGUGAGCUUUCAAAUGGGCAGAAAGCAGCAAACCAUGGUUAAACCUUAUUCUGAACGACCCUCGUGGAAAUCACUGGGGAUUUUAAACCAAACCUUCCGCCACGUUUGUCUUGAGAAUAAUAUUGCCAUUCGGGAGUUAAACAAUUUCUGCGCCUAUGAUGAGUUUAUGCUCUGUAAUAAAACCAAUACAAUGUCUUGACCAAGUUUUUAAGUAGUGUAAAAAUAGAUCGAGGCAAAUACAAGAAACUCCAAAGAUGAUUCCCCAUUGGGAUAUUUCUAAUUUUUCUACGGCACUAUUUUGUGGUCUCUCUUUAAACUAGCGCCAUGGUAAAAUGAGGACGAUCUCAAUUGUAUGUUUCUUUUAUCAUGUUAUAUGUACGCAACUACACUCUAUGAUUAUUUUGUUUGAUUUAGUUCAAUAAAACUUACAAUUCCA